CCCGCGGGAUGCGACCAGGAGCAGCCGAGAGCGGGCCGCCCUCCCCUCCCGCCACCAUGGAGUCGCCGGAGGAGCCGGGGCCCUCCGCGGAGGAGAACUACUUCGUCAACUACACGUUCACGGACCGGUCCCACUCGGGCCGGGUGGCCCAGGGCAUCCUGCAGCUGUGCCUGGAGGAAGAGCUGUUCGCCGACGUCACGGUCUCGGUGGAGGGGAGGGAGUUCCAGCUGCACCGCCUGGUCCUGUCGGCCCAGAGCCGCUUCUUCCGCUCCAUGUUCACCUCCGACUUGAAGGAGGCGCGGAACCGGGCCAUCGUGCUGCGGGACGUGAGCCAGUCCGUCUUCCAGCUGCUGGUGGACUACAUCUACCACGGGACGGUGAAGCUGCGGGCCGAGGAGCUGCAGGAGACGUACGAGGUGGCCGACAUGUACCAGCUGAGCGCCCUGUUCGAGGAGUGCUCCCGCUUCCUGGCCCGCACGGUGACGGCGGGCAACUGCCUGCGGGUGAUGUGGCUGGCCGAUCGGCACAGCGACGCCGACCUCUACGCGGCCGCCGCGCGGUGCGCCAAGGCCCACCUGGCCCGGCUGCGGGACGCCGACGAGUUUCUCCACCUGCCCCGGCGCUUGCUCUCCGACAUCAUCUCGGACGGAGUGCCGUGUUCCCAGAACCCGACCGAGGCCAUAGAAACCUGGAUCAACUUCAACAAAGAGGAGCGAGAGAUCUUCUCCGAGUCGCUCAGGGCCAACCUGAAGCAGGAGGUCGGGGAGACGGCGCACAUCUACCUGAUCGGGAAGGAGUCGUCCCGCACCCACUCCCUGGCCGUGUCCCUGCGCUGCGCCGAGGACGACUCCCUCAGCGUGAGCGGCCAGAACAGCCUGUGCCACCAGAUCACGGCGGCCUGCAAGCACGGCGGGGACCUGUACGUGGUGGGGGGCUCGGUCCCCCGGCGCAUGUGGAAGUGCAACAACGCCACGGUGGACUGGGAGUGGUGCGCCCCGCUGCCCCGCGACCGGCUGCACCCCACGCUGGUGUCCGUGCCCGGGCAGGACGCCAUCUACUCGCUCGGGGGCAAGACCCUGCAGGACACCCUCUCCAACGCCGUCGUCUCCUACCGGGUGGGCGACAACGUCUGGACGGAGGCCGGCCGGCUGGAGGUGGCCGUGGCCGGGGCCGCGGGGGCCGCCCUCGACGGGGUCAUCUACCUGCUCGGGGGCGAGGAGAGCGACCUGGACUUCUUCACCAAGCCCUCGCGGCUCAUCCAGCGCUUCGACACGGAGGCGGGGAGGUGCCAGCUGAAGCCCUACGCGCUGCCGGUGGCGGGCCGCCUGCACGCCGCCGUCCACCGGGACCUGGUGUUCAUCGUGGCCGAGGGGGACGCGCUGGUCUGCUACAACCCCUCGCUGGAUAGCUUCACCCGGCUCUGCCUCCCCGAGGCCUGGGGCGCGGCCCCCUCCCUCUGGAGGAUCGCCAGCUGCGACGGCGGCAUCUACGUGUUCCGGGAGCGCUGCCGGAAGGGGGACGCCAACGCCUACAAGCUGGACCCCGCCACCUCGGCCGUCACCGUCACCGGCGGCGGCGGCGAGGUGCCGCUCACCAGCCUGCAGUUCGUCCUGGCCUGAGGCCUCGCCGCGGACCCCCACCUCCGAUCCGUCGAGAAGCGAGGGUCUUUCGCCCGGGCCCCGCUUACCGGAGGGUCCGCUCCCGGGUCCUCCCUCUCAAUCCGAAAGGGCCUUCUCCUCCUCCCGUGCCGGGGCCCGGCAGAGGGGCGUUUCUAAAGUAAGUCCGGCUCGGCGGCAAGGAUGCCAUCCGAGGGGCUUGACCCCUCUCCGGGGCCCGUCGGGCGACCCUGGAAAUUUCUUCCGGCGUCUUCUCGCCCCCCCUCCAGAAAAUAAACGCUCCUUUUGAAUUUCU